AAUUGAUCAAUAUUUUAUAAUUAGUUUUUUUUUUUUAAAUAAUUAGCAUUCUGUGUCUUGAUUAAGGAAUUUUCAUCAACUUCAGGGACACAGAAUAAUUCUCAUAGAAUUUCUUCUAGAAGUUUUACAGUUUUAUUUUUUGUUUAGGUCCAUGAUCCAUCUUGAAUUAAUUUUUUUUGGUCUAUGGUGUUCAAUAAGGGUCAAAAUUUUUUUAAGAUCAAAAACUGCAUUUUCUUUCUACAUUGAAUUAUCCUGGUACGCUUUAAAAAAAAAUCAAUAGACCAUAUAAAUGUGAGUGUAUUUCUGCUUCUCUAUUCUGUUUCAUUGAUCUGUUUAUUUAUUCUUACAGCACAUUGUUUUGGUUACUGUCACUUUAUUUAUUUAUUUAUUUUUUAGUUUUAGAUGGACACAAUAUCUUUAUUUUUAUGUGGGGCUGAGAAUCGAACCCAGUGCCUCAUGCAUGUUAGGCGAUCGCGCUACCACUUGAGCCACAUUCCCAGCCCGUACUGUCACUUUAUAAUGAGUCUUAAAAUGAGAUAAUGUAACUCCCUCACCUUUUUACUACUAUAUCAAGAAUUUCCCAACAGUUCAUUGAUGUAUAGAAAUACAGUUGAAUUUUGUAUAUUUCCUUUGUAUCUUAAAAAAAAAUGAUGCCUUUUAUUCUUUUUCUUUUUUGAUACUGGGUAUUGACCUAGGGGCAUUUAACCACUGAGCCACAUCCCUGGCCCUUUUAAUUUUUUUAUUUUGAAACAAGGUCUUGCUAAGUUGCUUAGGGUCUUGCUAAGUUGCUGAGGCUGGCUUUGAACUUGUGAUUCUCCUGCCUCAGGCUCCCAAGCAGCUGGGAUUGCAGGUGUGUGCCACCAGUCUGGGCCUUUUUUAUUCUUAAUUAAUUUUAUUAUGAUAUAAUUCACAUGAUACAAUUCACCCAUUUAAUAUGUACCUUUCAAUGGUUUUUACAAUAUCUACAGAUACAUGUAACCAUCACAAUGGACAUCUUGCAAAUUUGCCAAAUUUUCUUUUUAGUUCUAGUAGCUUUUUUGUUUUUAGAUUUAUUAGGAUUUUUUGGUAGUGUGCAAAACUUGCACCUGCUAGGCAAGUGCUCUACACUGCACUAUGUCCUCAGCUCCUUCUUUGAAAAUUUUUAUGCACAUAACCAUGAUAUAUAUGAAUAGCAUAAUUUUUCUUCUUUCUUUUUGGCAUUGGGAAUUGAACCAGGGGUAAUCUACCACUGAGCUACUUCCACCCCUUUUUAUUUUUUAUUUUGAGACAGGGUCUCACUAAGUUUUUUAGGGCCUUCCUAAGUUGCUGAGGCUGGCCUUGGAUUUGCAGUGCUCCUGUCUCAGCCUCUUGAGUUGCUGGUGUGUGCCCCGGGGCUCAGCACAAUUUUAUUUCUUUAAGACAUUACAUUUCAUUCUCUUGCUUGAUUACACUGGUCAGUACUUUUAGUAUAUUGUUAAAGAGAAGUGAUAAGAACAGAUCUUCUUAUAUUUUAUUUUCCCAUCUUUAUUUUUGAAGGAUGUUUACUCUGGGUAUCAAAUUUUAGAUUGGCUUUUAUUUUCUUUCUUCUUCUUUAGCACUUUACAAUAUCAUUCCAUUUUCUUUUGCUUCCAUUUGUUUCUGAUGACAAGUCAUCUAUCAUUUUUAUUAUUAUUCCUUAAAUGUAAUGUGGCCUUUUUCUCUGCUUUUGAGUUUACAAUUUUCUUUUAAUCCUUGGUUUUCAUCAAUUUGACUAUGUUGUGCCUAUAUGUGAUUAUUACAUUCAUGGGUUUAGAGCUUGGAUUCCAAUGCAGAGUUAAGGUCUUUAGGAGGUGUUUGAAUCAUGAGGUCAAAUCAAAUCUGACCUUGUGAAUGCUUGAACUGAGCUAUAUCCCCAGCCCUUUUCUCACUUUAUUUUUGCUUCCUGACUACCACAAGGUAAUCUGCUUUGCUCCACCACAUGCUCCCAGCCAUGAUGUUCUGCUUUUCACACUCAGAAGCAAUAGAGCCAUUUGAUCAUGGACUAAAACCUCUGCCACUAUGAGCCAUAAUAAAUCUUUUCAUCUAUUUAUUUAUCUAUUAGUUUAUUUUAGAUUAUAAAAACUUCCACUUUAAUCAAGGCUUUUAAUGUGGAACAGAUUUAUCAAUUAAAAUGGAAAGUUUCCAAUACAAUGAAACAAAAGUCCAUAGGUCACCAUACAUACAACACCCAGCAGGAAAAAACAAAACAGCAAGUUUACACAAUCCCUAUAACGGUCUGAUUCUCAGAUGUUCCAUCCAUCUGCCAAGUGUGUUCUGCUGGAUACAAAGCACACUGUGGCUAAGGCUGUGGGCCACAAAGCACUCAUCUGGUCCGGCAGUGGUGGCUCUAUUCCACAAACAAAGCCAUUAUCAGCACAUUCAAACAGUGUAUUGAGCAUCUUUUAAAUAUAAAAGUAGAAAACAAGAAGGCAACAUGAUCAUGUUAUCAGAAAGAUAUCAGAAAGUUAGGGCAGCUAUGUAAAGCUGGAGGCUUCAUUUCUUUGGCUUCUUGGGUAGUGGCUGCCAAAAUAGCAAGAUAUGAAGUUCUGGUUCAUGGAUCAUAUAAUGAACCCAUCCCUGACACCAAGAUUCUUCCAUUCACAUUCAGUGGGUUUUAGGGACCAGUUUGGCUCUGUCCUUGGGCAACAUGACAUGCCAGUACUUGAACUCCUUGUUGUCAUAUUUGUCUGAAUAGUAAAUUUAUUUGUGUGACAUAAUUGCUCUGCCUGCAGGCCUCCAGCACCAUGCUGCCAACCUCUCCAGAAGCAUGACAGAUCUUUCCUUUUAGGUUGAUUUUCUCAGGUAUUUUGUCUUGGGAGUGAAAAGCUGACUAGCACAAGAUUGCAUAAUUUUUUGAUUUGCCUUGAGGUUUUAUAAUCCAGUAUUUUGUACAUUAUAUUUUUCAAUGUUAGAAUUUCCAUGUAGUUCUUUUGUUCCAUUUUCUGGAGCUUCCAUUUGUUUGCCAAUAUCCUUCAUCUUUUUAGUUAUAUUGUCCACUUUUCUCUUUAAAUUCUUUAUUUUUAAGUUUUAGGGUUUUUACUUAGUUCUUUUGUUAUUUUAAAAAAGAGUUUCCAUUUGUUUGCCUGUAAUAGCUUGUUACUAUAAUGAAUUAGCUGAUGCAGAAUAACUUUUUAAAGAAAAGAGAUUUAUUUAGCUCAGUCUGGAGGCUCAGAGGCACGGUGCUGAUAUCAGCUUACUUCUGGUGAGCAUUUCAUGGAGGAUGGCAGGAACAUGUAUGAAAGGGGGAGAUCAUAUCACUGAACAGGAAGUUAAAGAGCAAGUCAGGGGUCAGCCUCACUCUUAUAACAACUUCCUCUUGAGAGAAUUUCAGUCCAGGAAACAACAUUCCCUUCCAAGGGCAGUGACCCCAAGGACCUGAGGAGCUCCCUGUAGUCCUCACCUCUUAAAGAUCUCCCAUUGCCUCUGUAGGGGCCAACUUCUGAUGCACAAGUAUUAAGGGACAAACCAUAUCCAAACCACAGCAUCAUCAGAAUCUUACAUCUUUUCUUUCAUUUUUUCCACCUUUUCCUCUAAAAUAUUUAUCCAUUUCAUCCAUAUUUAUAUCAUAUUAGAUAUUUUAAAGUCCUUGUCUGCUAAUUUGAACAUAUGAGUCAUCUGUAAGUCUGCUUCUAUUAAUUUUUUUCCCUUUUGGUUACAAGUCACAGUCUUUUCCCAGCUUCUUCAUGUGUCUCAUUUUUAAAAAAUAUAUGCCAAACACUGGAUAAAUGUAUUAGAGACUGAGCUAGGCCAUUUUUCCAUUAAACAGGAGUUCAGUUAGAUUGGGACUGAGUUGUCACUACCUAGUUUUCAUUCAUCUCGGUUUCAAGUGUCUUGAGGGUGGGAUUAGACCCUUUGGUUCCAGCAUAAGUAUGGAAUCACUGCACUGUUAGACUGGAGAUCUUGCUUUGCCUGCCAGAUCAGUCUCCAGUUCCCUGUACUAUUGCUGAUGGAGUACAAGUCCCAAGGAGAAUAUGAUGGUUGCAGAUUCUGGUUAGUCUAGCAGCUCAUGAGCAGUCAUUGAAUGUUCAACUGAUUUCUUCUAAACCCCACAACAUUACUCUGCAUUUGGAAGGCUCACAGCUCUCUGUCCCUGGGUCCAGAGUUUUGGUAAAUAACCACAGUCAUGAACUAGAAAAGGAUUGAAAUUGAGUUUAUGUAGACUUUUUGUAUCUAUUUUUCUUUGACAACUUAAAGAAAAUUGCUAUUUUUCUUUUUUAGUUCAUCCAGUGUUUUCAUAUUGUUAUAGUUACUGACCAAGUUAUAGUCUCUGUGGCCCUCUACUUCCUAACUGGUGGUAAAAUUCUUGAUAUUCUCAUGAAGUAGCAUUUCUUCCUCCUUUCUGGGGGAAGAAACUAUAGGAAGUGGGACCUAGCUAAAGGGAAUGGGUCCCUGGGACAUGUUCUUGGGGUCUAUAUACUGUCCCUGGCCCCUUUCUGUUUCCUAGCUGCCAUAAGUUAAUUGGUUUUUAUUUGCCAUGCUCUUCUGCCAUGUUGUACUGCGUCACCACCGGCCCAGAAACAAUGGAACCAGCCAGCAUGAACUGAAAUGUCUGAAACUGAGGAGGAGGAGCAGCCUGAAGAUAAAGAUGAAAAUCCCUUAUUAUCAGAGAACCCAUCAGAGGUAGAGACUGAUAUUUUGGCUGAGACACAGAAAACGGACGAUACUGAAGCUCCAGUGAUCCAGGAUGAGAUCUCCGAAGAAGAUAAGGCAGUUAUAAAGAUCCAGUCUUGGUGGCGGGGCACACUGGUGCGUAGGACACUGCUACACGCUGCCCUCAGGGCCUGGGUCAUUCAGUGCUGGUGGAGGCUGAUACAAGCAAAAUUUGCAGAGAAGAGGCGCCGGGUGACACUUGAUAGAUUUUCACGGGAGGAGUGGGCAGCAGUCAGACUGCAGUCCUGGGCCCGCAUGUGGCGCAUCCGUCAGCUCUACUGCCAGGUGCUCAAUGCUGUUCGUAUCAUCCAGGCCUACUGGAGGUGCCACACCUGUGCUUCCCGGGGUCUCAUUAAAGGCCAAUACCGAGUCACAGCCAGCCAGCUGCAUCUCGAGUUGGAGAUCCUGCUGGGCUCAGGGCCCUGUGUUGUGACAGAGUGUAUUCCCCUCCCAAUAAAGCAGUGAAGUGAUCUUCCAAA